CGUGCGCAUCACCGGAUGCAGGAAUCCAUUGGGUUUUCCGACUUGAGAAAAGCACUUUCGUCACAUUUUGUUCUCGCUCUGGAAGCCUUAACAGUCUCCAAGAUGUAAUAUAAGCUUCCGUAGCCGUCUCUAGCCCUCUUGGAUACUAAAAGCUUCAAAAUUACUCUUCUUUUUCUGUUUAUCUAGUCAGGCUCAAUAGAACGCCUGCCAUCAAGCCAUUCAGGCCCUGGCGGCUCAUUCAGCGCGGUGCCUUAUUCGAAAAUUGGAAUUUAACAGGCACCUCAGGAUUCCCAUUCCGUCUUUCUGGUUUAGAGAUUGCUACUGGUGUUGGAGAUCCCAGGAUCACCGUUUAAUGGAGAGAACUGUGUGCUUUCCUUCCUAUUAAAUCACUCCUAAAGCAUAAUCUUGAUGUGUUUGUAAAGGACAAACAAAAAGUCUCCUUUUUAAGAAUUCUGCUUCAACUAUCGUCAACUUCCAGUCUCUUAAUUUUCCAUCGCAGAGUGGAGCUGUUUCUUUUUUAACCCUCAUUCAACGCACUGCAGAAUGACCUAUUUGUUAGGUUUUCGGAACAUUCAGAAACUUUGGAGGAGCACCCCUUGCUUUGAGCUGGGCCUUGCGACCUCUCCUGUCUCUUUAUUUCUCGGGGUUACCAGGAACCAACACAGAUGGCUUUGUGUUAAAACCACAUUCCCUCUAAAUAGCAAAGCAAUAAAUCUGCUGGUUGCCAAGACUAGAACACUCAAGGAAGAAAAUGACAGCAGUAGGCAAGUUUCUUCUGAUCAUUAUUUUGCUGCUGGAGCAGCCAAGAAGAGGGCACACUUAAAUAACAACCUGCAGCAGAGAGAUCAUGCCGUGUCACGUAAGAGAGGCACUAUUGAAGUUCCAACUACACCCUUGAACUCUGAAGAGUGGGAUCAACUUAAAGAAGAUUUCAAAGGGAAGAUCAGUUUUGAAGAUAAGGUCAUUUCACAGAUGGUACGAAACCGUAGUUCUGUAGAUGUAGCUAAGUCUCUCCUGGCAUGGGUAGCAGCAAAGAACAAUGGCAUUGUAGGGUAUAAUUUACUCGUCAAGUAUUUGUAUCUCUGUGUCUAUCAUAAGGAGACAUCAGAAGUUAUUGAUGUCUAUGAAAUCAUGAAAGCCAAGUACAAGUGUUUAGAAACUGGGGCUAACAGCAUUCUCAUCCGGGGAUUGAUCCACUCAGACAGAUGGAGAGAGGCCUUGCUGCGGUUAGAAGAGAUUAAGAAAGUCACGAUCCCUUCAAAAAAGAACUACAAUGACUGUAUACAGGGAGCCCUCUUUCAUCAAGAUGUGAACUUGGCUUGGAGUUUGUAUCAGGAAUUGAUAGAUCAUAAUCUCAUUCCUCUGUUGGACACUUUAAAGGCCUUCUUUGAUUUUGGCAAACACAUAAAUGAUGAUCACUAUUCAAACAAACUACUGGACAUUCUUUUGUAUCUAAGGAAUAAUCAAAUGUUUCCUGGAGAGUCAUUGGCACAUAGUAUAAAAACAUGGUUUGAAAGUAUUCCUGGAAGACAAUGGAAAGGACAAUUCACUACAGUCCAGAAAAGUGGCCAGUGUUCAGGCUGUGGUAGAGUCUUAGAGUCUAUUCAUCUGAGUCCAGAAGAAUAUGAAUUUCUCAAGGAGAAAAUCAUGAGGCAUGUGAUAGAUGGUGGUGACCAAUAUAAAAAGACAACACCACAGGAACUGAAGAGAUUUGAGAAGUUUGUAAACUCCUGUCCUCCUUUUGAUAUUGUUAUUGAUGGCCUCAAUGUUGCAAAAAUGGUUUUUAAGAAUCGUGAAUCUCAAACUCUCCUGGAUGUAGUGUCUCAACUAGCCCAGCAAAAUCUACGACUGCUGGUCCUGGGCCGGAAGCACAUGCUAACACCGAGUUCCCAGUGGAAAAAGGAUGAGAUGAAACAGGUGCAAGAGCAAGCGGACUGCUUUUUUGCUGAUAAUAU